UAAAUUCCUACGAAAUUGGACAGUGAGGAUAUAAACAAUCUAUGCACCUUCAUUCUAGUCGUUGUUAUUUUCAGUAUGGAAAGCGAAUCAUUUGCGGACGAUGACUCUCGUCCAAGCCGCGUAUUGCCUCGUCUCUACACCUCUCACUUCUUAUCAACAUGGAACUCGCGUAUGUUUGAAUUCGGGGCCGUCGUGUUCCUGGCCUCGAUUUUCCCGGAUACAUUGCUCUUUGCUUCGCUUUAUGCACUCAUCCGAUCUUUAUCGGCUGUGUUGUUAUCCUCAUGGUUAGGGUCUCUCGUUGACCGAAUGGACCGCUUGGUAGCAAUUCGGCAUUCGAUCAUUUGGCAACGUAUCCCGGUUGCAGUGUCGUGUGUCUUCCUGGCAGUCCUGUUGAUACCCCAACCGGAGCACUGGGAAUGGGGCCUGUUCGUUGGACUGGUUCUGCUAGCAGGCGUUGAGAAACUGGCCUCGAUAGUGAAUACGGUGUCGGUGGAACGAGAUUGGGCCAUCGUAAUCUCGGAUGCUUUGCACAUUCCCAGAGAAGAUUUGAAUGCAUCUAUGAGGAGAAUUGAUCUCUUCUGCAAGCUGGUUGCCCCCGUUGCGGUCUCUUUGAUGGAUGGCUUGCUCUCCACCAAGGUCGCAAUUUGGACCGUCUUGGGGGUGAAUGUUGCGGGCGUGCUCGUGGAGUAUUUUGCAAUUGCUCAGGUAUAUUAUUCAGUUCCCGAACUGGUUCGAACUCCGGAGAGGGUCACCUGUCAGGACGAGGAGGAGGCCGUCGUCGUCGUCGUCGUCGUCGCAGAGGACCGUCGCCCUCUGAUCAGGAAAGACUCCCAGACUAUCCAGAAGACUACCUCUCCCUGGCGGAUGUACGUCCGCCAACCGGUGUUUUUAGCCUCCUUCUCCUUGAGUCUCUUGUAUCUGACUGUUCUCUCGUUCGGACCGACGAUGAUUACUUACUUGCUCCAUACUGGCUUCACCUCGCUGGAGGUGAGUGGCAUGCGAAUUGCUGCUGUGCUAGCAGAAAUAUCUGGAACCUGGGCGGCUCCUUUCCUGAUGGACAGAAUUGGGCCUAUCCGAUCUGGCCUGUGGUUCUUGAACUGGCAGUUCUGUAGCUUAGCUGCGGCUGUGGCUGCCUUUGCCGUCUUGAACCGUAGCUCUCCCCAGUUUGUCGCGGGAGCCUUGGUCGCUGGUGUUACUCUCAGCCGGAUGGGGCUCUGGGGAUUCGAUCUGUCUGUACAGUUUCUCAUUCAAGAGGGUAUCGCAGCAGACUAUCGAGCCCAAUUUUCGGCCACCGAGAUGGCGCUACAGAGUAUUUUUGAAAUGAUUUCAUUUGCGACAACGAUUAUAUUCUCCCACCCCGAACAGUUUAAGUAUCCGGUGUAUAUUAGUUAUGGGGCUAUUGGGACUGCUGCCGUGUGUUUUGCAGCGUACGUCCGGCGAGAGCGGGGACACUUGCUGCAUACAUCCAAAUGCAUGGGUGGUUAAACAAAACAAAAAAAAGAACUUGGAACUGAUAUAGAUAUAAGAGACCUUUUCUACUGCUGCAAAUUUCUAUGUGAUCUUGUAUAUAGUCUGAAUCACCUCAAGUCUGCAUACAGAAUCGUGAUGCGGGGUAUACCGUCCCCGCAAUAAAUGACUGUUAUCACACCAUUGAACCCAUGAUACUUGAU